ACCUGAGCCACCCGCCAGCCAAUCCGUGCCGUGUACACAUGCGCGGUGGCACCUCCCACCCCGCGCGCGCUACCUCGGGCAGCGCGCAGUCGGAAGCUCGAGCCUGUGGCUUGACGCUGUCAUGGCGGCGUGAAGCUGAGGAACGAGGAAGAGAGUGUCUCCGUUCCGUCCCCAGGACUUUUUCUUCCCCCCCCCCACCUCUUUUUUUUGUAAACAACAAUCUGACUCGGAGCGUGUAUGAGCCUCCCAGCCGUGAGUUGCCCGAUUCGAGAGCGAGUGAGUGGGCCCGGCUCAGGGACAGAUUGAGAGCGCAGCGAAGCAGCCUCCGAGCUCGGCUCGCCGUGCGCCUUCACUUUAAGUUGCGCGUUGGUCGCUGUUCUCUCGCGUCUCCCGUCUUCUCCCUUCGGCAGUUCGGCUAACCGUCCUCUGGGUGACUCGUCAUGUCGAGCGGGGACGGCAACCCCCAGCCCGCCGACUCCGGGGGAGGCCAGUCUGCACCGCCUGGAGAGCAGGCAGUGGACAAGGGGCAAGUCACUCUACCCCACGCCAGCAGCAAGAUCUCAUCAGGUGGCGACGCGGCUGUUUCCCUGGGCCUCAAUCCUUCUAUACCUAUUCGAGGGAUCCGGAUGAAAUUCGCAGUGUUGACAAGUCUCUUGAAGGCCGGUGAAGUGACCAACCGAGACAUCGUGGAAACCAUAUUUAACCUGCUUGUAGGAGGGCAGUUUGAUUUGGAGAUGAAUUUUAUCAUCCAAGAAGUGGAAAGUGUUGGCUGCAUGGUGGAGCUAUUGGACAAUUGUGACGUGACUUGCCAGGCUGAAGUUUGGAGCAUAUUCAUUGCUAUUCUGAAAAAAAGUAUUCGUAAUCUACAGGCCUGCACAGAUGCUGGAUUGAUUGAACAUGUUCUGAAGAGAAUUGAUCGAGCUAACAAUAUGAUAGCAGAUCUGUUGGUUGAUAUGCUGGGAGUGCUGGCUAGCUACAAUGUUAGUGUUCGAGAGCUAAAACUGCUGGUCAGCAAAUUGCAAGGAGAAAAGGGACAAUGGCCUCUGCAUGCAGUGAAAUUAUUGACCAUAUUGAACCAUGUGCCGCAGAAACCAGGUCCUGAUGCAUUCUUCAGCUUUCCUGGGAAGAGUGCUGCAGCUAUAGCUCUACCUCCAAUUGCUAAAUGGCCUUAUCAGAAUGGUUUCACUUUUCACACAUGGCUCAGAAUGGAUCCUUUAAAUAAUAUCAAUGUUGAUAAAGACAAACCUUAUUUAUACUGUUUCCGUACCAAUAAAGGUCUUGGGUAUUCUGCUCAUUUUGUUGGUGGUUGUCUAAUUGUGACAUCAAUAAAAUCGAAAGGAAAAGGAUUCCAGCAUUGCGUAAAAUAUGACUUCAAGCCACAGAAGUGGUACAUGGUGACCAUUGUACAUGUCUAUCAUCGUUGGAAAAACAGUGAGAUCCGGUGCUAUGUGAAUGGCGAACUGGCAUCUCUUGGAGAGAUCACGUGGCUUGUGAAUACUAGUGAUACAUUUGACAAGUGUUUCCUGGGAUCUUCAGAAACAGCAGAUGCAAAUCGGGUAUUCUGUGGGCAACUUGGAGCAGUUUAUGUCUUCGCUGAAGCUCUCAAUGCAGCUCAGAUAUUUGCAAUAUAUCAACUUGGUCCUGGAUACAAGGGUGCUUUCAAAUUUAAAGCAGAAAGUGAUCUCCUACUAGCAGAACAUCACAAGUCACUACUCUAUGAUGGCAAGCUAUCCAGUAGCAUUGCCUUCACAUACAAUCCAAAGGCUACAGAUGCUCAGCUCUGUCUAGAAUCAUCCCCGAAGGAUAAUCCGUCUAUUUUUGUUCAUUCUCCUCAUGCUCUCAUGCUUCAGGAUGUGAAAGCUGUUGUAACACAUUCAGUACAAAGUGCUAUACAUUCAAUUGGUGGUGUUCAGGUGCUUUUCCCAUUGUUUGCACAACUUGACUAUUGUCAGCAUUCUUCAGACCAAGUAGACAAUACCGUUUGUUCCACAUUGUUGGCAUUUGUAAUGGAGUUGCUGAAGAAUUCAGUGGCUAUGCAAGAGCAAAUACUCUCUUGUAAGGGGUUUCUUGUCAUUGGCUUUAGCCUUGAAAAGUCUUCCAAAGUUCAUAUCACCAGAGAUGUAUUGGAACUGUGUUUAGCCUUUGCCAAGUAUCUGAGUAACUUGCAGAAUGGCGGCCCUCUGCUUAAACAACUGUGUGAUCACAUUCUUCUGAAUCCUGCUAUUUGGAUCCAUGCUCCAGCCAAGGUCCAGUUACAGUUGUACACUUAUUUGUCCACUGAAUUUAUCAGCACUGCUACUAUUUAUAAUGCAGUUCGAAGAGUCGGUACUGUGUUACAGAUAAUGCACACACUGAAAUACUAUUACUGGGUGGUGAAUCCUCAAGAUCGUAGUGGAGUUGUUCCCAAAGGCUCAGAUGGCCCCAGACCAAACCAGAAGGAGAUUCUCUCCUUGCGGGCGCUCCUGUUGCUGUUUGUGAAACAGUUGAUAAUGAAGGAUCAUGGCAUUAAGGAAGAUGAGCUGCAGAGUAUUCUCAACUAUCUUCUCACCAUGCAUGAGGAUGAUAAUUUAAUGGACGUUCUGCAACUGCUUGUCGCUCUAAUGUCUGAACAUCCAGGCUCCAUGAUUCCUGCUUUUGAUCAGAGGAAUGGAAUGCGAAUCAUCUAUAAACUGCUGGCUUCAAAAAAUGAAGGGAUAAGAGUGCAAGCUUUGAAAGUGAUGGGUUACUUUCUAAAACAUCUUGCCCCAAAACGCAAGGCUGAAGUCAUGCUUGGACAUGGUCUGUUCUCCUUGUUGGCAGAAAGGUUGAUGUUGCACACCAACAUAAUUACCAUGACAACAUAUAAUGCUUUAUUUGAGAUCCUGACUGAACAGAUUUGUACUCAAGUUGUGCACAAGCAGCAUCCUGACCCAGAUUCAUCAGUGAAGAUCCAAAACCCACAAAUUCUGAAGGUGAUUGCAACACUUUUGAGGAAUUCUCCUCAGCUUCUAGAAACAAUGGAGGUUUCCCGUGUUUUCUUAUCUGACAUGAUCAAACUCUUCAACAACAGCCGAGAAAAUAGAAGAAGUUUGCUGCAGUGCUCAGUGUGGCAAGAGUGGAUGUUGUCUCUUUGUUAUGUCAACCCAAAGAAUUCUGAAGAGCAAAAGCUGACAGAGAUGGUGUAUGCUAUCUUCCGGAUAUUGCUUUAUCAUGCAGUCAAGUAUGAGUGGGGUGGCUGGCGAGUCUGGGUGGAUACACUCUCAAUUACACAUUCAAAGGUCACUUAUGAAAUGCACAAGGAGAGCUUGGCCAAAAUAUAUGACGAGUACCAGAGCCGAGAUGAAAACACAAAGCAAACUCCGAGCAUUCGUACCAUCUCUGAGAUUAGCAGUGCACAAGCAGUCACUGUUAAGAAAGAUGAUUUUGAGAGUAAGCAUGUAACACGUUCUGAGAAUGUUGACAAGCAGCUGGAAAAAACAGAAGAUUGCAAACUUGAAUUGCAACCUGAAAGUGACCAGGAGACCAGUACUGUAAAGACAGAGAGACAGAAGGUAAGUUUGGCACAACUAGACAACACAAAAAAAACAACUUUACCAUCUCACAGUACUGAAAUAGAAAAAACUACAGCAGAAGUAGAUCAGGUGUCAAAUAAACUAGAUACUUUAGAAAGUUCCAAAGUGGAGAAAAGAGAAGCAACUGAAGUGUGUGUGGAAGAUAAAGAGUAUUCAACUACAUCAACUGAUACGAUACAAAUUUCAUUUGAGGAAAUUACUUCAGCUCCUUCUGAAUCAAUUGAAGAGAAAAUAGCAACAAGACCUACUGCAAAUGAACAAGAAAGGAAUGUUGCACUGGAACCAUGUGAUUCAAAAGUUGAGGAGAUUGAAUCUUCAAGCAGUGGGCAGCAUGAAAGCACUUUAAAUAGUAGUCAAGAGAACAAUGCCCAAGAACUUCAGGCCACUUCUCAAGGACUAGAUGGCAGUACUUUGACUUCUGCAUCCAAUGUUGAUGCAAGCUGUUUGGAAGCAAUUUCCAAUCAUUGUGAAACUGUACCACGGGAAGAGAUGGCCAAAGAGAGCCAAGAGAUGGCAAAAUUGGAAACAGAAUUGGGUACUGAUUCAUUAAAACAAGCAAGCAGUCACACUACUAUAAAUAGCACUCAUAACUCUGACAACGUGGAUAAAAAUGUUGGAAUAACAAAGACUAGAGAACUGAGAGUACCAUCUGCAAAGGAAAUGGCUAGAUUGGAUGUGUCUAAUGUUGCAACUGAUACUGAGAGGUUAGAACUUCGAUCAAGUAUAAGUCAAGAUUCUGCAAACACACCAAAGCCGCCUACUCAGAUAUCACAAUCAGAGCUUGCAAGUCAGCAAAGCCUUGUGUCUGAUGGACAGAACAGAGGAUCUAAUCCUUCAGCGCGUGCCACCAUGUUUCGUAUACCAGAAUUUAAAUGGUCUGCAAUGCACCAACGCUUGCUAAAUGACUUGCUGUUCUCUGUAGAAACAGAUGUACAGAUGUGGAGAAGCCAUAGCACAAAAACAGUGAUGGAUUUUGUUAACAGUAGUGAAAACGUCAUCUUUGUCCACAACACCAUUCAUCUUGUCUCUCAGGUGGUAGAUAACAUCAUAAUGUCCUGUGGUGGGAUUCUCCCACUUCUUUCUGCAGCUACAUCUACUACACAUGAAUUGGAAAACAUUGAACCAACUCAAGGUUUAUCAUUCGAAUCCUCCGUGACCUUUCUUCAGAGGCUAAUAGGUCUUGUUGAUGUGCUGAUUUUUGCCAGCUCCCUUAGCUUCACUGAAAUAGAGGCUGAAAAAAACAUGUCUUCUGGAGGAAUAUUAAGGCAGUGUCUUCGUUUGGUGUGUGCUGUGGCAGUGAGAAACUGUUUGGAAUGUCAGCAAGUGUGCCGUGUUAAGUCUGGUGCUGAUAACACAAAGGCUCAAAAAACAAUGCAAAGCCUUCUUGGAAGUGGGAAGUUAACAGCCAAGACCUCUAUUGAUACUGUAACAGGUGGUAUUUCACCAAUAAGAGAUCUUGAUCGCUUGCUGCAAGAUAUGGAUAUUAAUCGCCUUCGAGCUGUUGUGUUCAGAGAUGUUGAGGACAGCAAGCAGGCUCAGUUUCUAGCCUUGGCUGUGGUGUACUUCAUCUCUGUACUGAUGGUAUCAAAAUAUCGAGAAAUUCUGGAACCUCAGAAGGAUAGAAAGCUGUCUCGUAGUCAGUCUAUCAGAAGUACUGACAAUGUAAAUGGGGCUACAACAAGCACAGAUGCAAAAGAUUCAUCAGGUUUGGCAGGUCCAACAGCAAAUGAUGACGCAUCAAAUGCACCGAUUCGAAGGGACUCUGGUAUUGGAGAAGAGCAGGUUUUAAGUACGGUUUCCAACUUGGGAGCUAGUAAACCUGAGAUCGUCAGCACUGGUCCAGAUGCAAUGAGUGAACUUCUGUCAACUCUCUCUUCAGAGGUUAAGAAAUCACAUUCACAAGAAAGUAAAGGUGAAAAUGGAAGUAAUUCUGAAAAUAAAACCACUGCUACUGUGUCAUCUGGAUCCCAAGGGAAAAAUGUCAAUGUGAAGGAAAUCCUAAGAAGUCUGGUGAAUACACCAACAGAUGGUCUUGAAGUAGAUAUGGCACUGAUAGGGCCAUCCUUUUUAGGAGUUAUUGGGGAUGCACCAGGAGAACAAUCUGUCCAGUUCCGUUCUUUUGACAGGAGUGUUGUGGUAGCUCCAAAAAAGCCUCUGAUUGCUGUUGGAAGUGAAACUGUUGCUCCUACUACAGAUACUGUUAGCGUGGUUUCUACUACGGAACCUACAGAAGAUGCUGCUGUUGAACCAACCGGUGGUGGACCUUCCAACUCAAAACUGCCAUCUGUUCAAACUGUGUCCCCAAUGCCAGAGGACUCUGCAGCAAAUAUGAGCAUUACAGCCAGGCUUGAACGUGCACUAGAGAAGGCUGCACCUCUUCUGAGGGAGAUUUUUGUGGAUUUUGCUCCUUUUCUUUCCCGUACUCUUCUGGGCAGUCAUGGGCAAGAAUUGCUCAUUGAGGGUACAAGCUUGGUUUGUAUGAAAUCCAGCAGUUCUGUUGUGGAGUUGGUCAUGUUGCUAUGUUCUCAGGAAUGGCAGAACUCAAUACAGAAAAAUGCUGGUCUGGCAUUUAUCGAACUUGUUAAUGAAGGAAGACUCCUAUGUCAUACCAUGAAAGAUCACCUGGUGAGGGUAGCAAAUGAGGCUGAGUUUAUCCUGAGCAGACAGCGGGCAGAAGAUAUACAUAGACAUGCUGAGUUUGAGUCUCUGUGUGCCCAGUAUUCAGCGGAAAGACGUGAAGAAGAAAAGAUGUGUGAUCACCUAAUAAGAGCAGCAAAGUAUCGUGAUCAUGUGACAUCAACCCAGUUAAUACAGAAGAUUAUCAACAUUUUGACAGAUAAGCACGGUGCUUGGGGAAGCUCUUCAUUAAGUCGUCCUCGUGAGUUCUGGCGCCUUGACUACUGGGAAGAUGACUUGCGGCGCCGCCGACGGUUCGUUCGCAACUCAUUUGGAUCAACACAUCCUGAAGCCACACUUAAAGCAGCAAUUGAACACGGUUCUGAAGAUGAUGUGCUAGUUAAAGGCAGGCAGUCCAUUCGGACUCCAGCAGUGAGCAGCCAGAACUCCGAGAGCGAGAUGGUGCUGGAGGGAGACGAUGAUACGAUCACUUCACUGGAAGAGAAGGAGAUUGAUAACAUGGCGGGACCUGUGAAUUUGACCACUGCUGUCCAGCUCAUAGCUCCGGCUGUAGUUGCUAAGGGAACGUUGUCAAUCACCUCUUCUGAGCUGUACUUUGAAGUGGACGACGAAGAUCCCAAUUAUAAAAAACUGGACCCCAAGGUUUUGACAUAUACUGAAGGACUUCAUGGAAAAUGGCUGUUCAGCGAAAUCCGUGCUAUUUUCUCCAGGCGCUAUUUGCUACAAAAUACUGCACUAGAAAUCUUUAUUGCUAAUCGAACUGCUGUCAUGUUCAACUUCCCAGACCAAGCUACAGUGAAGAAAGUCGUUCACUGUUUGCCCCGUGUUGGAGUCGGCACAGGUUUUGGGUUACCCCAAACCAGACGAAUCACUCUGGCUAAUCCCCGCCAACUGUUUAAAGCGUCCAAUAUGAUGCAGCGUUGGCAGAGGAGAGAAAUUUCCAACUUUGAGUACCUCAUGUUUCUCAACACAGUAGCUGGUCGAACCUACAGUGACUUAAAUCAGUAUCCGGUCUUUCCUUGGGUGAUAACUAAUUACGAAUCGGAAGAAUUGGAUAUGACUCUGCCAAGCAAUUUCAGAGAUUUGUCCAAGCCUAUUGGAGCACUUAACCCAAAAAGAGCUGCCUUUUUUGUGGAGCGUCAUGAAAGCUGGGAAGAUGACCAGGUUCCUGCUUUCCACUAUGGGACUCAUUAUUCGACCAGUAGCUUCACUCUCGCAUGGUUGUUAAGAAUAGAGCCAUUUACUACCUUCUUUCUAAACCUACAAGGAGGAAAAUUUGAUCAUGCUGAUAGAACAUUUUCUGCAGUGUCCAGAGCAUGGCGCAACUGCCAGCGUGAUACCUCUGAUGUAAAGGAGUUGAUUCCUGAAUUUUAUUAUCUUCCGGAGAUGUUUGUGAAUUCCAACAACUACAAUUUGGGUGUAAUGGAUGAUGGCACUGUGGUGUCUGAUGUAGAACUUCCACCAUGGGCCAAGACUCCUGAAGAGUUUGUUCGCAUAAACAGACUGGCUCUGGAGAGUGAGUUUGUUUCCUGCCAACUUCACCAGUGGAUUGAUCUGAUUUUUGGAUAUAAACAGCAAGGGCCUGAGGCUGUCCGGUCUCUCAAUGUCUUCUAUUACCUGACCUAUGAAGGAGCUGUCAACCUGAAUUCCUUCAGUGACCCAGUGCUAAGAGAGGCUGUUGAAGCCCAGAUCCGAAGCUUUGGUCAAACUCCUUCUCAACUUUUAAUAGAACCACAUCCUCCCAGAAGCUCUGCCAUGCAAGUGACUCCUCUGAUGUUCACAGACCAGAUGCAGCAAGAUGUCAUCAUGGUACUUAAGUUCCCAUCUAACUCCCCGGUCACCCAUGUUGCUGCCAACACUCAGCCGGGCCUGGCUGUACCAGCCAUUAUUACAGUAACUGCUAGCAGGCUCUUUGCUGUGAACAAGUGGCAUAAUGUUACCGGCCUUCAUGGAUCUAUGCAAGAUCAGCCAUACCAGCUGCCAGUUGAAAUCGAUCCUCUGAUAGCUAAUAACACUGGCAUGCACAGAAGGCAAAUUACUGACCCCUUGGAUCAAAGCAUUCAAGUCAAUUCCCAGUGCUUCGUGAUCACUGCUGAUAACCGCUUCAUCCUGGUUUGUGGCUUCUGGGAUAAGAGUUUCCGUGUCUACUCCACCGACACAGGUAAACUCACUCAGGUGAUUUUUGGACACUGGGAUGUUGUAACCUGUUUAGCCAGAUCUGAGUCGUAUAUUGGAGGUGACUGCUAUAUCCUGUCAGGGUCACGAGAUGCAACUCUACUUCUCUGGUACUGGAAUGGGAAAAACCACAGUGUUGGAGAAAACCCCAACACUGAAUAUGCUGCUCCUCGGGCUAUCCUAACGGGCCACGACUUUGAGAUUAGCUGUGCUGCAGUAUGUGCAGAACUCGGUUUAGUUAUCAGCGGUUCUAAAGAGGGUCCAUGCCUGAUCCACACAAUGAAUGGGGACUUGCUGAAGGCCCUUGAGAGCCCUGAAAACUGCUUGCAUCCUCGAUUAAUCCAGUUGUCCUCUGAAGGCCAUUGCGUUAUUUAUUUUGAAAAAGGCCAAUUUUGUGUCUUCAGUGUAAAUGGAAAGCUGCUGACCAAGAUGGAGACGGAGGAUUCUGCAAAGGCUAUGCUACUGAGUCGUGAUGGCCAAUACCUCAUCACUGGGGGAGAUAGCGGGAUAGUGGCUGUGUGGCAGGUCUGGGACCUCAAACAGCUGAUGACCUACCCAGGGUGUGAUGCUGGUAUUAGGUCCAUGGCCAUGUCCCAUGAUCAAAGGGUUAUCAUCACUGGUAUGGCAUCUGGAAGUAUAGUACUGUUUUACAUAGAUUUUAAUCGAUGGCAUCAUGAGUAUCAAACAAGGUACUAAUAGUGGAUUCAAGGCACUGGAGCUCACUACCACGUGCUGAGAUCAUGACACUUUCAUCUAAAAGAGCAAACAGCAUCACUGGUGCAAUGAUGGUUUUUAAUCAAUGGAAUCAUACAAUCCUGCCACUGUAUAUAAUGGCAUCCAUUAAUAAAUCUGAAUGUAACUUAAAAGUCUCUAGGAAAGCGGAGUAUUUUGAAAUGCUUACUGCUAUUUUUGUAGAAUAUAAGGAAUUUGACAUAUCAUUAGUAAAUCACCAGAGCAUAUAAGUCUGAUGCAGAAAUACAAAUUGUCUAUUUUUAGGAGGAACAAAUCUUUACAUGAUUCUUUAUAAACUUGUCAUUCAUAAGAAAUACAAGACUAUUUCUUUACCUUCAUCUCUGUAAGAAGAAUAAGUGAUUGAUUUAAAAGACUGUAAAACUGAAUUUUUAAUCAGAUGUUCAUAAUUAUGUUAGAAUUAAGCAAUAUAUUUACACCUGUGAUUUAAUUAUUCCAUAUGCAGAGAUCAAAUUUUUAAAAAGAAUUUUUUUUGGGAAGAAGGUUUGCACGUGGGGGUGUACAAAUCCUUUCUAAGGCAUGGUUCUUUUCUGUAUUUUUUCCAUUAAUGUAAUGGUAGCUUAGCACUGAUAUUACCUGGAACAAAAAGCAAUAUUUAAAUUAUGAUCUAGGAUUUUUUAUCUUUAUACAAUGUGUUGGAAACUGUAUUCUUGUCAUUGGCAUGCUGCUGGGCUGGAAAAGGGAUCUUUCCUCAGAGUUUAGGUGAACAGUAAAUCAAUGCAGUGUAUUAAGUUUUGUCUGUUCUCCAUUAGUGUGUGCAUUUCAGAGAAUUGUAUCCAUUAAUUUCAUUUCUAUAGCCUUUGUUCAACAUGUUUAUAAUCUCAGCAUUGUUAUACUAAAUUCUGAUGACUCUUUGUAAUUGUGAAAUUCUGUUUGGGUUCCCGUCCUGCUUGUUGUGUGUGUGAAAUCCUACAACUGGGAUGUUUUAGACAACCUAUAAGCCUUCAUAAACUAGAUUGCUGAAAACAUUCCAUCUUUCUGGGUGAACGUUUGUACAAUUUGGAUCCUAUGGGUGCCUAGUUGCACAUUGGUAACCUGUCAGAGGGACCCAGUUACUGUAUUUCAGAACCUCACUCAGAAAAGCUUUUUUGGUGAUUAUUUGGAAUGAGUUUAUUUCAGUUUGUGUAAUGAGAUCAAAAAUAAAGUUCACUUGUACCUUGA